UUUGGUGGAAAAUGGAGAAGUGGUUUCGUGUUUUCAUCUGUGUAGUGGAGUUAUAUGAAGGCUUAUGAAGAUUUUUUUUAGUAUCAUGGAAAAUUUGGCUUCUUAAAGAGCAGAAGAAAAUAAUAUGGAUAAUCACAGAGAAGCUAAUGACGAAUACCAUCGCGAAAAUGACGAGGUGAUAAGCAGGAACCCCGCUAACAUUUCCAAUAUCAUUGAUCAGAGUGUUAAUGUGACUGUCGAACGCUUAAAUUACAACACCAAUAUUGAAAUAAAGAAAGAGAAAAAUGAUGAAUUUCACUUGGACGAGAAUGCUUCUUUUGGCGACGUAGAGGCACAGGAAGAAGAAAGUAAUCAAAGGGAAAACCAUGGUCGUAAACACAUCUCGACUCUCACAUCAAGGCAUUACGCCAGUCACGUCAGAGUAUUCAAAGAGUGGUUAAAGUGUAAGGGAAUGGAGGAUGAAUUUGAGGAUUGGAAACCAAGAGAGAUUAGCAACUGGUUGUCCGAGUUUUACAAGGAAUCACACCUAAAACAUGGUGGUACAAAGAGGGCCAGUUCCUUGAGAAUCAUACGCUCAGCCAUUGAUCAUCAUCUUAAGAGUGAACCAUAUUGCAAGUCCUACAGCCUCACUCACUCUCCAGAAUUUAGCAAAGCUAAUGCGACAUUGCAUGACCUGGAAGCAGCCCAGAAAGAGUACCUUGAUUCCUCUGAAUGUGGUUCUACCGCUUCAGCUUUAAAUGUGGAAGAGAUCCGUAAACUGUGGGCCACUGGAGUUGUGGGAAUCAAGACUCCAAAAUCUCUGCAGAGAUUGGUGUUUCUGGCUGUGGGAAUCAAUUUUGGGAUUACCUCUAGAGAUGACUUGCGUGAUUUGACACCUGACAUGUUUGAAUUUCACAUUGAUGAGACCACUGGACUUGAAUAUGCAGCUUGUAAACUAAGUGAGUCAUCAUCCAAUCAGUUGAGGAGUAAAAAAUAUAAGGGCAUUGGGAGGAAAAUGUUUAGUGUACCUGGAAGUUUACAGUGCCCUGUUGCAGCAUUGAAGUUAUUCCUUCAAAGACGAAACCCAUCCUGCUCUGCAUUUUUUCAAAUACCAAACCGUGAUUUUGCUACAAGUGGAGUUUGGUACAGGUCACAAGCUGCUGGACUAAACUGUCUGUCAGGAAUGUUAAAGGAUAUGUCGCAUGAGGCUCUCUUACCAGUUGAUUACUCUAAUCACAACCUGCGGGCUACACCUCCUAUAGUGCUCUACAAGGCCAUGGAAGACUUACUACGACCUCCACGAAUUGUGAAUGGUGCAAUUCUAAACAACAAGAUUGCUUUGAAUAGCUCAGGACCUCCUCCAUUGUUAAACUCACACAUUCCAGCUGCAGCAGCAGGAAAUUUUGAUGCAAAUCAUAGAGUUGCCCCUGGUGUGGGGUCAAAUCAUAUUAACAUUACUUCAAGAGAAGUCAGCACUGUUGGCAAUGUGAGCAAUCCUUUAGACAACAUUCCUCAUUCAAACCCUGCUCAGAACUUGCAUCAAGUGUUCUGUAUUUCUCAGCAAUGGAAUAUUAAUGACAUUGUUAGAGUUGUAAAUUCAGGUGAAGCACUUGUGAUUGUGAAAGAACCAAGCAAAACAGAAGGUCAACCACAUGUUAAUGGUGAAGUGACACAGAUCAGAGAUAUGCAACAGCCACAGAGCAGAUCUGGUCGAAAGCAGCCAGAACCAAAAAGAUUUUGCAGGGAUCCUGAUGUGUUGAAAGAUGAGUCAUCCAAGAUUGAAGAUGCCUACAUGAAGGCAGUAAACACUGUGAAAACAGGACUUCAGAACUUGGAUGAUCUCAUGAGUAAACAACACCCAUCUGAAAAAGUUAUUCAAGAGCUGUCAGGUAUAAGUGACAGUAUUCAAGUGCUCUUCCAAAGGAUUAACUCAGCAGAAAAUUGUUAAUUAACAAACAUUGCUUGUUUUUUCAAAUCUGAUCUUCAACAAGUCUUUCACAUUCAAAAAUAUAAACAUUCUCAAUUGCAUGUAAAGGCUACUUUAUUACUAGCAUUUUGGAUAGUUUGAAAUGUUUCCAUUGCACCCCUUGGGGAUAAUAGGGCACAACCACAUCUCUUGAGGGGUAAUGGGGAAAGGGGUCAGCCAGCCUUAGACAAUUAGAGUCUUUAAACACUUAAGAAAAUUAAGUUAUUCAAGAAGGGAACUUAAAAUCAAUAGUUGGCUAGAUUAGGCAAACACCAGAGUUAAACAAAAAUAUAAGAGGAAGGAAAAUGUUCAAGGAUAGAGACUGACAACCACUUUUACAAUAGUUCAUCUUUUAUUCUCAGGAGUAGCUACGGAGUUAUUUCUCUUUAUUAAAAAUGAAAAAUUAUUUUGUCAAAUCCUACUAACCAUUUUAUUGAGAAUACUUGCAGCUUGUCAAGCUGCAACAAGGCAUUUAUUUGAUACCAUUUCCAAGGAAACAAACUGACAUUGUGGUGGUGUUGUUCAAUGUGAGAAGUGGUAUUUAAAUAUAAAAAAAUUCAACAAACUUUUUCCAUGACCAUUCCUCCACAAGGGUGUUGAUGAAAUUUUUUAAAAACAAAGCAAAAGUCAAGGAAGAGUUAUUUAGAACAGAUAUUUAAAAAGUGUUUUUCAGGAAGUUUUAUUUAUUAAGUACUCUUAAUACUCUUAAGGUAUUCCUUUACAGAAGCAGUGAAUUUCUAAUAUCAACGAGCCUGAAUAACAUGUUUGUUCUAAUAGAGGUUAAAUUUUUUUUAGGUUAUAGUGGGAUCUCUUUCAGGUUUGGGAUUUCACUAUUUGAGCUUCAAAGCUGUAAAAGUCAAAUAACUUAGAUCAUUGUAGAAAAGUUUAAUAAUAUCUCUUUCAGACCAUUCAUUGAUUUUUGGGAGGGGUUUAUGGCUCAACAAGAGAAUGAAGGUAUUUAUCAACAGUUCUUUGGCAGGAUUGACAUACAGUAUUUAUUGAGGAAUGAAAGUGGCAGAGCCUUUCAAA